AGAUUUUGUUAUAAAAAAAAAUACAUUCAAGUUUUUAAUAUUAUUUUUUAUAGAUCUCAUAUUCAAUCUAUGAGACAUAUGAAUAAUAUGAUGAAUUCAUUAUUUAAUGACCCAUUUGGUAUGAUGGGUCAUUCUAGCCAUAAUGCUAUUGCACAUGCUAAUCAUAGGAAUCAAAAUCAUCAAGAUGAUCUUCAAGUAUUACCAUUUGGAUUUCCACCAUUACCAUCAUUUAAUAUGGGCAAUAUAUUCUCAAAUUUUGAUAAUAUGGCAUCAAGUGGAAAUUGUCAUUCUUUUGUAUCAAAUUCUGUAAUGACAUUUGGUAGUGAUGGUCGUCCACAGGUUUAUGAAGAAACCACAUCUACAACAACUGUUCCAGGUGGCAUAAAAGAAACAAAAACAACAGUCUGUGAUUCUCGUACUGGAAAAAAAAAGAUGGCUAUUGAACAUCACAUUGGAGAUAGGGCACAUAUUUUAGAAAGAGAACAAAAUAUUCAUAGCGGUGAACAAGAGGAACAUCAGGAAUUUAUUAAUCUUGAUGAAGAAGAAGCAGAGAGUUUUAAUAAAGAAUGGGAAUCACGUGUUCGCCAUUAUGGAAAUUACCAUCAUGGAAAUUCUCAUUAUGGUAUCCAUGGUCAUCGAAAUAGAUUUGAUCAUAGACAGUUGGCUUUACCUGAUCCAUCAGGAAGAUGGACAUCUCCUAGACGUAGUUUAAGAUUAUCAUCAUCUAAACCAUACAACUCAAUUUACAAUUUAAGGUACAAAUAUUAAUAAAAUAAAAAGCAUAGUACACAAUGACACAUAUGCAAUUUUGAAUUCAUCCAGUUGUAUUCAAAUCUACAUUAGCAGUACUGCAGUUGAUUAUAAUAAGAAAAUGUGGAUGUUGAAGUUUGCAAAAAGUGUCAUUAUAUCUUAUAG